GGGCCGAUGUAUAUGACAAGGGCAAGCGGCAGGCGGGUUACCGUUACAUCGAGAAGUACGGCCCGAGGGGCAACAAUAAACACCAGUUCGUGGGGUGGACCGACGAGAUGAUUCACGACGAGAACUCUCCGAUCUUCGGAUGGAUGGCAUCAGACGUCAAGGAGUCGCUCCGCAACUACGCGUCGGGCACUGUCGGCGCGAGGGCACUCGAGCGCUGGGCGGUCACUCUCAAGCGGAUUGACCCGUUCCUGUUCGACCGCAUCGUCGCCCCCAUCCUUAGGAGCUCCGACGUCCAUGGGACCAUGUGGAUCGGGAAGACCAGGGUCGGCAAAUCCACAGCAUCCAAAACGAUCGGCUUCGCUAUUUCUGCUUACCAGAUUGAGAAGCACUGCCGCGCUGACCUCCGCCCGAUCGUCAUCGCUGCGAAGAAGAUCGGCUUCCUGCGCUUGGAGCCUGGGACCAUAAUCAAGCCCGCCAUCGCAGACGAUGCCGCGCUGGCCAAGUGGGGCCCCGACGAGAUCAAGGCUUUCCUCGACCCCGCCGAGGAAGACGCGCUGCUUUGGGCGAGGUGGGGCGGCGCCUCUUUCGAGCAGAACCAGCCCCGCCAGAUCUGCGUCAAUCCGUAUAACGAGGAGUUCGAGGCGACGGCCGAGUCCGCCAGCAGGGAGCAGGAAGAGGUAGCAUUCAGUGAUUUCAUCCAGAUCAUCGGCUGCAGUUUCAUCUGCGAAAAGCAGUGCAGCUACAAGAUGGCGGACGUGGAGGCGUACAUGGCGAGGUCCAACGUCGUGCUCCCCUCGCCGAACCGGGUGUACUUUCGGGCGGCAUCCAUGACGAAGGAGCCAGCCCCUCGCUUUCCGCGGCCAGCGCCCGCGAAGCCAGAUCUCUUCACGCCCGAGACGUGCGACAUCCUCACGGCAUUCAAGAAAGACCAGACUCGCGUUCCAUCCGACUACGACCAACACAUGAGGUGGGCCGUGGCCGCCAUGAAGAAGUUAGCGCGGGGCGAGGAGCUCGGGCAGUCAUCGACGGUCCGUGGCCCCACGCUCUUCGACCAGGACGCGCCCACGAUAUGCAACUUCCCAGAGGUGGCCACGCAGCCGCCGAGCGGCAGGCAGGGGAACGAAUGGUUCCCGCGAGCGGCCGCUGGUCAGCCGACCAGCGCCUCGCGCCCCGUUCGCGAAGAUACGCGCGAUGUCGAUGAGCAGCUGAAUGUCUGCCGCGCCGUUCAGCAAAGCCUCUGCGAUCGCGCGGUGGCCUUUCACGGCCACGUGAGCGACAUCUCCUCGCCGCAGCCGCUUAAGCGCGGCGCCGAGCGCCUGGCUUGCCCCGACGUGUCCACCAUGGACGAGGAGGAGCGCGAGAGGGCCAUGCAGGCGAUGAAGGAGAGUAUCAUCGAGCGCGGGAGGGAGGCCCACGGCUCGAGCAUCGACCUGUUGUCCCCAGCGCGCCCGCCGGCCGCCGACGUCGCCUCGCAGGAUAUCGCCGCGGCGAUGGCCGAGGGCGCGGCCGCCGCUUCAGGCGACGAGAG